UGUAUGAUUACGACAGACAGCAACAAGAAGGUUCCAAAAUGGGGCUCGAAAGUACUAUGGUCUGUGUGGACAACAGUGAAUACAUGAGGAAUGGAGACUUUCUACCGACGAGGCUACAAGCUCAACAAGAUGCUGUCAACAUUGUUUGCCACUCUAAAACAAGAAGCAACCCAGAAAACAACGUGGGCCUCCUCACGAUGGCAAACAACUGUGAGGUCCUGAACACACUGACACCCGAUUCUGGCCGCCUCCUGUCCAAACUGCACGCCAUCCAGCCCAAAGGAAACAUCUGCUUCUGCACAGGCAUCCGAGUGGCUCAUCUGGCCCUAAAACACAGACAAGGGAAAAACCACAAGAUGAGGAUCAUUGCCUUUGUUGGGAGUCCUGUGGAGGAUAAUGAGAAAGAGCUUGUCAAGUUGGCAAAGCGCUUGAAAAAAGAGAAAGUGAAUGUGGAUAUUAUCAACUUUGGAGAAGCGGAGCUGAACUCGGACAAGCUGACUACUUUUAUAAAUACUUUAAAUGGGAAGGAGGGGACUGGCUCCCACCUGGUGACGGUCCCUCCAGGACCCAGUCUGGCUGAUGCGCUGCUCUCCUCUCCCAUCUUGGCCGGGGAAGGAGGCGCUAUGAUGGGUCUUGGUGCCAGUGACUUUGAGUUUGGUGUGGAUCCCAGUGCAGAUCCAGAACUUGCCUUGGCCCUGCGUGUUUCAAUGGAGGAACAGCGACAGAGGCAGGAGGAAGAGACCCGCAGAGCUGCUGCCUCUGAAGUGGAUGCAGGCAUGCCCACACCCAGUGCAGAUGAAUCAGAGGAAGCCUUAUUGAAGAUGACGGUGUCUCAGCCUGAGAGUGCUGCAGCAGUGCUUCCUGACUUCAGCAGCAUGACGGAGGAGGAGCAGAUAGCCUACGCCAUGCAGAUGUCCCUUGCCGGAGGAGAGUAUGGAGAAAUGGACACAGCUACACCCAUGGACACUGGAGAAUCAGCCAAGGAGGAAGAUGACUAUGAUGUGAUGCAAGACCCGGAGUUCCUUCAGAGCGUCUUGGAGAACCUGCCUGGCGUCGACCCGAACAACGAGGCCAUUCGCAACGCCAUGGGCUCCCUGGCCUCCCAGACCGGAAAAAAGCCAGAAGGCAAAAAGGAUGAAGAGAAGAAGAAGAAGUGAGGUGCAAACGAGAUGGACACAGACUUCAGACACUGAAUAGAAAAUAAACAAACAAACUAAUGCAGGAUUAUUUUAUUAUACCUUAAUAUUGCUGAUGCAUUGUCAUGAGAGACAUCGUUCUGACAUUUAAUAUCGGUUUCUGUCAGACACUCAAAAGCACCAACAUAACAGUAACAAAGAGAAAUCCUUGAAUGACUAUUUAGUGUUAAAUCUGAAUGACCUGUAGCAUAAAUUUAUAUCAUUCUAAAAAUGUGAUAUAGGCCUCCUCUCAAAUUGCCUUGCUCUACAUGGUAUAAUUGACCUACCAGAAGAGCAAGAAUGUGUCAUGACAGGCCUGUAAACAUCUAGCAACGCUCUGUCAUGUGUGUUUUUGCAAUAAAAUCAUUGUGUAAAUGCUG